AAUUCGUUAAAUGAUGUUGUUACAUGUGAAAAUAAAUGAGUCUGAAUAAAAUUGCAGGGUGGAAGCAAUUGUUUCUGUGAUCAGAAAACACAAAUAUAGAUGAAUGUGGCAAUUUGAAUGCUGCAAUUCCUUUCAUUCCCAUGUCAAGUUGCAGCAAGAGAUGCCUAACACUAUUGGAGAAAUGCAAGAACAUGAAGCAACUCAAGCAAGCACAUGCCCAAGUUUUCACCUCAGGCCUUGACAGCAAUAGUUUUGCUCUGAGCAGAGUUUUGGCUUUCUGCUCACACCCUCAUCAAGGAAGCCUCACCUAUGCUUGUAGAGUUUUUCAACGCAUUCAACACCCCACAGUCUGUAUAUGCAACACCAUCAUCAAAGCUUUUCUCAUCAAUGGUAACCUCAACAGCACCCUUCACGUUUUUACCAAUAUGCUGAGGAAUGGUUUGAGCCCUGAUAACUACACCAUCCCUUAUGUGUUGAAGGCUUGUGCCGCGCUUCGAGAUCGUUCUUCGGGGGAAAUGGUUCAUGGGUAUAGCUCAAAAUUGGGUCUUUUGUUUGAUAUCUUUGUGGGUAAUAGUUUGAUUGCUUUGUACUGUGUGUCUGGUGAUAUGGUAGCUGCAAGGAAGGUGUUUGAUGAAAUUCCUAGCCUAAGUGCAGUAUCAUGGAGUCUGAUGAUUUCGGGGUAUGCAAAGGUGGGUGAUGUUGAUUCGGCUAGAUUGUUCUUUGAUGAAACGCCGGAGAAGGAUAAGGGGAUAUGGGGUGCCAUGAUUUCUGGGUAUGUGCAAAAUAAUUGCUUCAAGGAAGGUCUUUAUUUGUUUCGUUUGAUGCAGCUGACUGAUAUAGGGCCUGAUGAAUCUAUAUUUGUGAGCAUUCUUUCUGCUUGUGCUCAUAUGGGGGCUUUGGACACCGGCGUUUGGGUUCAUAGAUAUUUGAAUCGAGCAAGGCUACCGUUGAGCAUUCGUUUGAGUACUAGUUUAUUAGACAUGUAUGCUAAGUGUGGGAAUUUGGACUUGGCUAAGAGAUUAUUCGAUUCGAUGCCGGACAGAGACAUUGUGUGUUGGAAUGCUAUGAUUUCUGGUUUGGCAAUGCAUGGAGAUGGAAUAGGAGCGCUCAAGCUGUUUUCAGAAAUGGAAAAGCUUGGGAUAAAACCUGAUGAUAUAACAUUCAUAGCUGUUUUUACUGCUUGUAGCUAUUCAGGAAUGGCAUCUGAAGGUCUGAAGUUGUUAGAUAAGAUGUUCAGUGUGUACAACAUGGAGCCAAAAAGUGAACACUACGGUUGUCUAGUGGACUUACUAAGCCGAACUGGGUUCUUCGAGGAAGCUAUGGUUAUAAUAAGAAGAAUAACCAAUUCAAACAAUGGCUCUGAAGAAACAUUGGCUUGGAGGGCAUUUCUGAGUGCAUGCUGCAAUCAUGGACAAGCUCAGCUAGCUACACUUGCAGCUGAAAGACUCGUACGGUUAGAUAAUCACAGUGGGCUGUAUGUUUUAAUUUCUAAUUUGUAUGCAGCGUCUGGCAGACAUGCUGACGUAAGAAGGGUGAGGGAUGUCAUGAAAAACAAAAGGGUAGACAAGGCACCAGGUUGCAGCUCGGUUGAGAUUGAUGGGGUUGUCAUGGAGUUCAUUGCUGGUGAGAAAACACAUCCACAAAUGGACGAAAUACACUCAAUUUUGGAGAAAAUGCAUCUGCAAUUAGACUAGAAUCAUUAGAUAAUCCAGGGCUCAAGUAGCUUCCCUUGGCUUGUUUAUUAAUUACAACAUCCAUUCUAGUGUCUGCCAACCAUGCGGUUUCACGUGGAAUGAAUACAUCAUUUGCCAAGAUUUAGUGCCUGCUUGGUUUCCCGCUUGCGUUGCAGGAAACUUAAACUAGAUUGGCACUAUGUUCACCAGAAAUCCAACUAUACACUAACCUUAUUUCCGGUGUUGAAUGGACGUCGGAAUGCAACAAAUCCCUUCUUUCUUAAGGGGAACUCUGAUGGUGAUUCUGCUGAUGCGGACUUCUUUCGUGAAUAAGGGGUGUUCUGAUUGACUUGUUGUGUCUCAUGUGUGUUGCCAAGCCUGAGAUAAUGCUUCACUCUCUAGUUUCUUGUCUUCUCACUCAAGCAGUUUGGUUUGCUAGUCCUUUGGGGUUGUGCAUGGAUGGUUGUCCUGCAGGUUCCUUCGCAGAGUUUCUAGCUGGUUUGCUAGUGGAAAUAGAGGCCGACACUGUCAAGUGUUUCUUUGCUGUGGCUUUCUCGCUAUGAGGGUGUCGAAGUAAGGUGGUCUUUGAGGGGGCUCGGCCAGAGGUUGCAGAUGUCCUGUUGUGUGCUUCACGUAUGUGUGCUGUUCUCAUGUCACUCUUGCUUCCUCUACACGCAUGUGUGGUUGCAGCCUAUGGAAGGUGCUAUCUAAAUUAAUUGAUGCUUCUUUCAGUUCAUCCUCACAAGCGGUACUUGCUUGGAAUCGUGGCUCAAGACCUUUCACCUCAGGUCGCUGAGGCGCUAGCGCUUCAGUGGGCUCUUUCCCUUGCGUGUGAUUAUGUUUCUGGGAUGUUCACAUCAAGACAAGUUUGCUAUAAUUUGUUUGAGCUUUGGCAGAGGAAGAGCGAUGUUGUUUCUAUUUUGGCUAUGUUGUUUGAGAUUGUAUUUCGCCAUUACUUCUUUU